AUGGUGUGCAUAUUAAUCGGUGAUUGUAUGGUAGUGAUCGCUAAUGCUCCGAUAAUAACUAGUGUCGGUUAUGCCUUUGAGACAUUUACUCCAUACGCGAUGAUACGUUUCUUUGAGUUUAGCGAUAAAGAAUGGAACAUAACGGAAAAUUGCUUUUCCGAUAUGUACGAAUACGUUGAGGGUUUACGACAUGCGGAAUAUUGGGCGAUUAAAUUGUAUGACGCUAGUAGUUACUAUGGUGGGUCAGUGUUUGCCGGUUCCACCGUCCGCCUACAUAAUCCUCAUCUUUGCCGAUUUUUAUCGCAACAAUAUAAAAAGUAUAAAAACAAAUUGGAUGACUACGCUUAUGUGAUAUCGUUUGAUGUUCAAAUUGUCUCUGCUCACUAUCUUAUGGAAAUUGCUUUUGAUAAUUAUUAUAAAUAUGAAAAAAUUCAACAAUUGAUAUGUUUUCCGAAAUCAUGCCGAAAUUGGGAUUUUAAAGAAAUCUUAGAAGUAUUUCCCUUCCAUUCGAAUGGUUAUGUGCGGAAUAACAGCUAUUUGCGUCAUCGCAUUGUUCAGGAUAAUUACAGGAUAUUCGAAGAUUUUAAUUUUUAUGUAAUGAUCAUAAUUAUCUGUGGCUCAAUCUUAAUUCAUCUUACGGUUUAUUUGGUGAAAAAACAUCUAACGUUAAUGAGUGCAUAUCGGCAAAAAGGUGCAAUACCAAAAGUGUUUGGAUCAUUAAAAGCACCGACCUUGGCAAGCUAUAAAACAAACGAUUCGCCACUAUAUGAAAAUACAGAUCAUGUUGGCGAAAAUUUACCAAAAAUCGUUAUAACAUCUAAGGCAUAUUAUUUUGAAAAUUUACUGGAAACAAUUUCAAUACCUAGUGUUGUAUAUAAUUUAGUGCAAAAUGGUCCGUUACCUGUAUCGGGUAUUAUGGUUAUAUUUACAAUAGCCCAUCUUUGCGUGCAUUUGGUUGCUGAAAUAACUUUUACGGCAAAUAAUAUGGAAUUUGGUGUUAUUGGAAAUAAAGUCGAACAAUUGGACCAAAUACUUAAGCGUUCCGCCUUUUUAAUGGAUUUAUAUUUUCUAAUCAAUGGAACAUGUUUGGCGUAUGGGUUUUUGAAAAACUUUCCAAAAGAUGAGUUAAGUGUUUUCGAUCAAUUAACUUAUAUAUGGAAAAGCAUUUUACAUAAAUUAUUCGGUUUAACACCUUCUUAUAUCUUCAUUUUAUACGCGGCCCAAUUAUUAGAUAAGCAUUUCUAUUAUAACAACACUCUGGAGAUACCAUCAAGAGAUUUUAAAAAUUGUCCUCAAAAGCUUUUAGGAAAUUUAUUUUACAUUGACACGUUUUUUCCAUUGAUUGAACGGUGCAUGCCAUGGACUUGGUUUAUAUCUUUGGAAAUACAAUUUUUUAUCAUGGGCUGUUUGAUAAUGCUUCUCGUGAAGGUACAUGUCUGUUAUGCUAUUGUCAUAGGGUUCAGUAUAUUUAUUAUAGCAUGGUUAGCUGCCACAAUGUGGUUGUUGGAGCCCUAUGAAGAAUACGGCUACAGCACAACUCUACAUUAUGAACUGAUGUCUUUUAACCUGGUUUUGGAUAAUGUCUGUUUAUUUGUUAUGCCCUACUUGUUAGGCUUAUGCUUGGGUUAUUUCAUCUUUAAAAGCAAUCAUAAUCUCAAUAUAAAAUCAUAUUUUUUAAUAGCAGGUUGGUUUCUGUUUUUGAUUAUGAUCAUAUUUUCAUUCUUUGGUUACGAUUUGAUGGAAGAACGUUUAAGUCAAUUGGUGAAGGCCUUCCUUAAUACCACGGCUCAUAUAUUGUGGUGCGCUUUAAUAAUAUGGAUCAUAUUGACAUGUAUGACAAAUUUUGGCGACUUUUUGAAUAAUGUACUAAAUUUUAAAUAUACCCACACCCUGGAGCAACUAAAAUCUAUAUGUGUAUUAUUGGCACCGUUGAUAAUACGUUUUAUACUAUUUAGCGCUGAUACACCAGUUUACUGGUCAAUAGGUCAAGUGAUUCUCUUGAGUAUCGGCUGCGUAUUGCUCACUUAUAUAUGUUCAUUAUUUUUGUACAUAUUACUACAAGGACCCGUUGUAGCUGCUCUCGAAAGUCUAAUUGUGAAUGGUUCAAGUAAUUAG